AAAAAAAAAAAACAAAAAAAGCAAAGCCGAAUUUUUACCAAAUCCUACCGAAGUUAAUAGAGCCGGUUAAAGAAAAUACACCUUCUUCCAAAAUAAAUUGAAAAUUUCAACCAAGAAUAAAAUGUAUGAUAUCAAUCACAAAACAAUAUUUGUGCUUGAUCAUACACAAUAUUUCAGCAUUUCCAGCGAAGAUUAUAUUGAUUUGGAUUUCCUCAAAGGCAAAACUUCCGGUGAUGUUGCUCUGCCACAAUUCGCUAAAAGUCUAUGGACAUCUUCCGUGGAGGCUUCUGUUGAAUAUUGUCGCAUUGUUUGGGAUCUUUUUCCUAAAGGAAAGCUGAUACGUUUUAUCGUAAGUGACACCGCAGCUCACAUAGUCAACACCUGGGGACUGAGCACACAAAAUAUGUCACACGUACUCAAUGCCAUGGCCAUGGUCGGAGUACCACAGCGAAAUACACCACAAUCAUCUGACUUUUCUGUUAUCCAUGGCCUGCGAGCAGCAAUCGAAGCUUUAGCUGAACCAACAUUGCAUCAAAAAGACGUUCAAGCUGAAAUGGGAGAGACCAAGAAAGUGCCGAACAAAGGUCGUGUCAUAUGUAUAACAUCGGCUCGUGACAAUCCCAGCAUGAAAAGUCUUGAAGACAUCUUCCAUACAGUUCUCAUGCAACAAAACACCUUGGCAGCAACACAAAAUAAAUUUCUUCACAUUGAUCAUUGCCAUUUGGUUAUUAUUAAUGUGGUUCCAUUAAAUAUGGAGUCCUUAGUCACAGAUAGAGCAUUGCGUGAUGUAUCGCCAGCGUUAUCUACAGAACUACACUCAACAAGUGCUCCUUCUAUUUCCAACAAAUUGACGCACUUAAUUCUAUCACAUUACAACUUGGCCAGUACAACAGUGACGGGAAUUCCUAUGAAGGAAGAACAAAAUGCCAAUUCAAGUGCUAAUUAUGAUGUGGAAAUCCUCCAUGCGAAAAACGCACACACUAUAAUCUGCGGAUCAGAGGCACUCUUACCGACUAGCGUUAAGGAAGGUGCUGAAUACAAUACGGUCACAUUAAAAUGGUGUACUCCUCGAGGAUUUGGAGCAUCUGAUAUGCAACCUUGUUUGGCUAUGCAUAGAGUUACUCCUGUGGAUGUGACUUCCAGGCCGAGUUCUUGUUUGAUUAAUUUUUUGCUAAAUGGAAGAUCUGUACUUCUGGAGAUGCCAAGGAAAACUGGCGGCAAACUUACCAGCCAUCUACUCUCAGCUCGUGGUGGUGAAAUAUUCAUCCAUGCCUUACAAAUUACACGUUCUUGUUUGGAAGAUCUUCCAUCAAUUUCUGAAGGACCUGGAGGACGUGUAACUGAUUAUCGUAUAAGUGACUUUGGUGCAUUUAUUCGAGCUCACCGAUUGUAUCCAUUGAAAGCAAUUCCCGAGCAUCCACCUGAUGAAAAUCUUGAACGAGCUCGAACCAAAAUGUAUCGUCGUUCGAGAUAUUUUCCUCUCACACUUAGCACAACAAUUGCCUACAACGUUCGCUAUUUAGAAUUUUUGUUGAAAAAGAUAACGAAAGAUGAAUUAGAUGAAGGCGAUGUACUCCAAUGCAAACAAACAAUUUAUAAUGUUCUUGGUUCUGCGUCACGAGGGGAAGCACUUGCUUUGCCAAAUAUGGGAAAUAGACUAAAAGGAACGAAAAAAGACGAUCAAUACAAAUUACUUUGGUCGGAGUUAGAAGUUCUUAUUCAAAAUAGUGGAGAUACACCACAACAUAAAGCAAUUUUACAGUGCCUUCAAGAAUGUCGAUCAAAAGGUGUUGAACCAUCAGCGAAAUCAGAUUCAGAAAGCAGUCGAGACGCACCAAGAAAUAUUAUAAGAGCGACAACAGAUUCACCUCUAUCACCACCUCAUAGUAUAGAAGGCAAUUUCUUAAGUAAAGCAAAAAGAAAUUUAGCAUCAAAUGGUCAUAGAUCCCUGUUAGAUAUAUUUGUUUCGGCGGAAAAGAGCCAAAGUCAAAAAAGACUUGAUUUUACUGGCCGUAUGUGUACACCAGCUGGUCAAAUUGCAAAGCUUUAUCCGGAACUUGGUAUGAAGGAAGCGGCAGUUAAGGAUGAGCCAGCAGCUAAAUGAUUUUUAAAUUUAUUAGAAUAUAGUUUUAGGUAUAUGUUUUAUUUUAAAUUUAGUUAAUAAAUUACAAUAUGCGAGAAGAAAUUUUUUUAAUGAA